ACAGAUUGAUCAUUAGAGCUAGAUUUGAGAUAUGGCUUCACGUAGCCAGCUUCUUUGUCUCCAGCUUGCCUUUUUCUUGCUGUCUCUUAAUGCAACCACAGGUUUGAUCUCUCGAUCACAACUCUCUCCGGAUUUCUACAGCGAAUGUUGUCCCCAAGCUUUGCCCACAAUCAAAAGGGUCGUCGAGGCUGCAAUAUACAAACAGCGACGCGUCGGUGCUUUUCUGCUACGUAUGCAUUUCCAUGAUUGUUUUGUCAAUGGUUGUGAUGCUUCAGUUCUUCUGGAUCCUACUCCCACCAUUGACAGCGAGAAAAAUGCUUUCACUAACCAAAAUUCUCUCGGAGGAUUCGACGUAGUGGACAACAUCAAGCUGGAGGUAGACAAAGCUUGUGGAAGUCCGGUCGUCUCAUGCGCAGACAUCUUGGCUGUCGCAGCUCGAGACUCUGUCGUAGCUCUAGGAGGGCCAACAUGGAAGGUGCAGCUAGGGAGGAGAGACUCGACCACAGCCAAUAGGACUUUAGCCGACAUCGACAUUCCGGCUCCAUUUUUGGACCUCCCUGCACUGAUUGAAAACUUCAAGAAGCAAGGACUUAAUGAAAAAGACCUGGUCGCACUCUCCGGCGGCCACACUCUAGGCUUUGCACGUUGUGUUGCCUUCAGGAACCGAAUAUACAAUGGCACAGACAUCAACCCCGCAUUUGCGAAAAAACUUCAAACCACAUGUCCAGAAAGUGGAGGGGACUUCAAUCUCGCACCUUUGGACCCGACAGAAGCUCGUUUUGACACAGCAUACUUCACCAACUUGGUUAAGCAGAAGGGGCUUCUCAGUUCUGAUCAAGCUCUGUUCAGUGGAGGCUCCACGGAUGUGCUGGUGAAGAAGUACGGUUUAAAUGCCAAAGCCUUUUCAAAGGCUUUUGCUAAGUCAAUGGUUAAGAUGGGAAAUAUAAAACCAUUGACUGGAAAUCAGGGUGAAAUUCGCUUGCAAUGCAGUAAAGUGAACUAUAGUUAA